AUGGAGUCGGAGAAAGACCUUUCGAAGGUCGAGCAAGGAAUUACCUCCACCUUCCCUCCGAGACCAGAAGCAUCUCAAAGCUCGAGUCUGUUCGACAAAACCCUAUCCCUGAUCCGAACAAGUCACGAAGACAAGGACUACGGCCCGCCUCCCGAUGGAGGCUUCCAAGCCUGGAGCCAGAUUCUCUGGUCACACUUCACAAUUUGCAACACCUGGGGCUAUGUCACCGCGUUCGGCGUAUUCCAAACACACUAUACCCAAAUGCUCAAUGAGACGGCAUCGGCCAUUUCCUGGAUUGGAAGUGUGCAGACCUUUUUUCUUUUUUCCAUUGCCGCUUUCUCUGGUCGAGCUUCAGAUGCUGGAUAUUUCAAAGCUGUGUGGGGCUUAGGUGCCCUCCUCAAUCUGCUUGGGACUUUUAUGGCUUCCCUGUCAACGACGUAUUGGCAAUUGUUUCUGUCACAGGGACUAUGUCUCGGCAUAGGCAGUGGACUGAUGUUUUGUCCGACUUUAUCGUUGGUGUCGACUUACUUCUCUCGGAAUCGGUCGUUGGCUAUUGGCGUUACUGCUGCCGGCUCUAGCACAGGUGGUCUUAUCUUCCCAGCUAUUGUUGGACAGCUGUUGCCGCGGAUUGGAUUCCCGUGGACGAUGCGGGUCCUAGGGUUCCUGAGUCUGGGCAUGUUGCUUCCUUCAUUUAUCUUCUUCAAGCAGAGGGUGCCUCCACGCAAAGGCGGGCCACUUGUGGAAUGGACGGCCUUUCAAGAUUCGUCAUACGCGAUAUUCACUGUUGGAGUAUUCUUCAUGUUUUGGGGGCUUUAUGUUGCCUUCUUCUAUGUUGGCAGCUAUGCCAGAGAGGUAAUUGGGGUUGACUCAUCAACAUCAAUCAAUUUGCUGCUCAUCAUGAAUGGUGCUGGCUUUUUUGCGCGAAUCCUCCCAAAUAUCCUGGCGGACAGAUAUACAGGUCCAGUCAAUCUUCUCAUUCCAGUGGUUGUUAUAUCGUCCAUUAUCCUGUUUUGUUGGAUCAGUGUGACAAGGGUGGGAGAGCUGUAUGCUUUCUCAGUCUUCUAUGGAAUCUUUGCCGCGAGUCUGCAGUCACUGUUUCCGGCUAGCUUGACAUCGUUGACAUCUGAUCUGAAGAAGAUUGGAGUCCGGACUGGCAUGGUGUUAAGCAUAGUCAGCUUUGCAGCGCUGACGGGGUCCCCCAUUGCCGGUGCUUUGGUGCAGCGUGGUAAUGGUAGCUACCUGUACGCUCAAUGCUUUGCUGCUGCCAGUGUUUUUGCUGGUAGCAUGCUACUUGUCGUGUCUCGGGGUUGCAAGACUGGGUGGAAGGUCAAAGCGAGAAUGUGA